CGAAAGUACUGAACGUUCAAUAAAUUAGCCAUUCUCGACUGAGCGUUACCCACGACCGAGCAGCACAGCUUUGGACUCAUUCACAGUGUCGAAGAUUCUUACACGCACUGGCAACCAGGAAUGAAAUAACAGCGAGACUGCCUCCGGGCAGCAGUCACCACCCAUCAUGCUCAAAACACCGCCGAUGCAGACGGCUACGGCCACCAUCGACACGCUGUGUGGUCGCCUGCAGUCCGCGACACUGUUAGAGGACCGUCGAGCUGCGAUCCUGGGUCUGAGGAGUUUCGCCAAACAGUUCCCAGCUUCAGUCGCCAGCGGCUCACUCCGAGAACUCAUAUCGACCUUGAAACGGGAUGGACUUGGGGACGACAGCUCGAGGAAGAGCCAGGAUGGCGAACAGGCGGAGGGUGGAGAUGUGGACACGAUUCGUCUCGUCAUGGAAACACUGCUCAUGCUGUUCAGUCCCGAUAGCAACUCGCCCGAGGCCGGCGACGAAAUAGCACUCUUCUUAGCUGACGAGUUCUCCAUGCGUCAAGACAAUCUAUCCAUUCUCCUACAUCUCCUAGACCCUACGAGCCCGUACGCAGACUACUAUUCGCGACUAUACGCAGUACAGAUUCUGUCAGCAAUAUGCGCUGCGCGCCCCGAUCGGUUGCAGGAGUGCAUAUUGGCAGCACCACUGGGUGUUUCACGACUAGUCGGCAUCCUGGACGACGGAAGAGACGCGGUUCGCAAUGCAGGCCUGCUUCUGCUAGUAGACUUGACAAGCGGAGCGAACGAGGAGCUGCGAAAGAUCGUUGCCUUCGAAGAUGUCUUCAGCAAGACGUUCGCCUUGAUACAGCUCGAAGGUGGCCUUGGUGAAGCUGGAAUCACAGCACAAGAUUGCCUGAGUUUGCUGGCAAACCUCAUACGUGGGUCAUCUACGAACCAAACCAUGUUUCGAGAAUCUGGCUGUGUGGCUCAGCUCGUCCAAUUACUCCAGCAAGCAUUUCCUACUGCAGAUGAGCUGCCAUUCAAUGCCCAGGCACGGGAGAAGGCAGCAUGGGGACUACUCAUGCUCCUGAGGCUAUUUCUUGUGCCCGGAGAAGCCAGCACACCCCAGAAUCAAACUGCUUUCUUCCGAGCUGGCAUUGCUCAAGUCUUGAUCGAUCUUGGCUACACGCUGGCGAUCCCUGUGCCAGUCCGUUCGUCGGCACUGCGGGCAGCGGCAGCUUUGAUCGAAACCAAUGCGCCUCUACAAGAACAAUUUGCUGCACUUACAGUUGUUACGCCUGACGACGCCGACCACAACGCCACUGAAGAGCAGAAGCAGGGUCAAACGAACGGCACAACGCCAAAUGCGCGAGGCAAGAAGAGCGCGAGAGCAAGUCUGGAGAAGCGGCGAAGUUACAUCAUUGAAGCGCUUUUGAGUACCUCACUGGAUGAUCGUGACGCGGAAGCAGCUUUGCGUGCAGCGGCUUGUGGUCUCAUUCAGGCGUAUCUCAGCGGUCAUGAUCGGGUCAAGGCACAUUUUCUGCAGCGCGCCAUCAACGGUCAUGCUGAGGGUGAAACUACUGCCAACGUGCUCCACACAUUGCUACACCCUCCUGAAGGUGACGAAACCGCCGUGGUGCAUGCAUCCUGGAUAGUUCAGGGACUGAUUGGUGAGGAGCUGAACGCCAAGACCAUGUUCAUCUCUGUCUCCGAAGGGAACGAAGAGGAGGGCGAGGAUGUGAUAAGUAUUGUACAGGCUCUUGGAUCGCAUUUACACGCUGCGCUUCAAACUCCCAUCGACACAAAGACGGUCGCAGCAUAUGCAAGCUUGUUGUCUUCGUUAUUGUGGGAUUUUGCACCAGGCGUGGAUGAUUUGCUCGCUGAGGGCUCGAGCCUCCUACAAGGCCUUGUUGCAGUGGUCAAGACACCUGACGACCCCAUCAUUGCCGGUCUCGCUGCGGUGCUUCUCGGCAUUGUAUAUGAGUUCAGUACUAAGGACUCGCCCAUUCCACGCCGUACGCUGGCACCUUUGGUGCAACAAAAGCUCGGCAGGACGAAAUAUCUGGACGCACUUCUCCAACUUCGGCGAGUGCCAGCCAUCAGAGAUUUCGAUCUAGACCAAGAAACAGAUGAAGGCGGUAAUGGGAUGCUCAGUCAUGUCUUCGUCGACCUGUUCACUGUUGAGUAUACCCGUCUCCGUAGGGCGAUCGACAAAGACCCAGGCGUCGAGGUGUUGCCAGCAUCAGCAGCAGAGGCCGGUGUGGAUCGCGACGUUCUUGAUGAGCUGCGGAAACAGGCUCAAGCAGCCAAAGACGCGCUGGCCGUCGCACAGCAAGAAGCGCUCGAUGCCACGGAGAAAGCGGAACAGGAUCACAUGACUAUCAGUAAAGAACUGCAGACUGCGUCAUCAGAGAUCGAGCGCCUUCGAAAGAUCAAUCAGGCUAUGCAACAAGGUCAUGAAAGCGAACUCGAGAAGAUUACAAAGCAGCACGAGCAGGACAAGAACACAAUCCAGACUCGGCAUCAGCACGCCCUGAAUAACGCAAAGCAGGAGUCAGACAGGACCCUUCAAGCUAGUCUACGUGAGAGAGAAGCCGCCUCUGCCCAAAAGAUUCAGGAGCUCGAGAGGCGAAUCGCAGAGCUUGGCAACGAACACCGAAAGGAAGCGAGUGGACACGCGAACGCGAAGCAGCAAUUGGAGUCCACAACUGGCAAAUUGAAUGAGCUCAUCAAGCGGGAACGUGAUCUUUCUCGCGAGCUCGACGGCCUCAAGCAACAACAAGUAGCGUCGGAGAACAAGCUACGAGUCGCACAAGAGCAAAUCAAAUUGUCCGAGGGAAAGCUCACGGAAGCCAGAAAGGCCCUCGAAACACGCGACGAAGAACUGAGUAAAUACAAAGCAGAAGCAGAAGAGCUCAAGGCUGAUCUGGUCGCACGCGAUGAGGAGCUCAAGACCGAGCGUUCCGGAUUCGCAGAACUGGAGAAGGAACUCGACGAGGCUAAGAAGGCAGCCAGCACCGUAUCUGAGGCCCAUAGGUCUGAAGUGGAUGCCGCCAACACCGCUGCGGAUGAGGCUAAAGCAGACGCUGCGAAAGCACAGAGCGAGCUUGAGACAAUCAAGCAAGAAUUGUCUGAAACAGAACAGAAGCUCACAGAUUCGGAAACGAGAUCAGUUGCGGCCGAAGAGAAGAUCACUGCAUUGGAGAAAAAGCUCAAAGAUGCAGAGACCAACCAGAAGAAGGCAACAGCAUCUGGCAAGGACUCCGACAAGAAGAUCGCGGAUGCUGAGAAGAAAGCGGCCGAUGCUGAGGCGAAAGUCAAGACAACUGAAGACAAGCUCAAAGAGGCGAUACAGAAAGCUGUGGCAGCCGAGAAGAAAGCCAAAGAGGCUGAAGAGAAGGCCGCAACUGCUGAGAAGAAAGCCGCUGAAGGUUCAAAGGGCGCGAACAACAAGGCCAAUGCGGGCGGUACGAGCAAAGCGGACAAGGACAAAAUUGCCAAACUUGAGAAAGAUCUUGCAGAGGCCAAGAAGGCCGCCGAACAGGCGAAAAGCGCAUCUGGCAAGGCUGACAAGGCCGAGUCUGAGAAGCCCAAGAAACUCGAAAAGGAACUCAAGGAAGCUCAGGAGAGCGCGAAGACCGCUCGGGCCGAUCUCGAGAAGGCGAAGGCCGACUCUGAAGACGCAGAGAAGCUUCGAAAAGAACUUGAGCAAGCGCGUGAAGCAGACAAAGAUGCCAAAGCAGAGCUCGAGAAACUUCGCAAUAUCGAGGCUGAGCACUCCAAGGCCAAGGAACAGCUUUCGGCUGCAAAGGACGGGGAGACGAAGGCACAAGCUGAGCUCGCAAAGAUCAAGGCCACUAUCGCCGAAAGCGAGAAGACUCAGGCAGCUCUCAAGGCAGCUCAAGAGAGCGAGAAGAAUGCGAAAGAAGAGCUUGAAAGUAUGCUGCUCGUCAUGGGCGACAUAGAAGCCAAGAGAGAUGAGUACAAGGAGAAGAUAAAAUCCUUGGGUGGCGAAGUGACGGACGAGGAGGAGAGCGAUGAGGAUGAUGACGAGGAUGAUGAUGAGGACGAUGAUGUAGACUAGGUACAUGCGUACGUGAAUGUUCAGAUAGAACAGUUGCAUGCUGCACGUCGUGCCUUCCAGCAUACACUGCCAUCUCGCUUGUUAAACAAAUAUUCAUUGGAAGUGCAUCGAA